AUGUCUACCGCUACUGCCGCGACGGCCGCCACUGGCCAGAAACAGCUCGAAAAGAAGCCCGUGAAGUUCAGCAAUCUGCUACUGGGUGCUGGAUUGAACCUCUUUGAGGUCACCACUUUGGGUCAGCCGCUGGAAGUGAUCAAGACGACCAUGGCUGCAAACCGGGGCGAUAGCUUCGCUGGUGCUAUGGGUCGAAUUUGGGGCCGUGGCGGGAUCCUCGGUUAUUAUCAAGGUCUCAUUCCGUGGGCCUGGAUUGAGGCCUCCACUAAGGGCGCCGUCCUCCUCUUCGUCGCAUCGGAGGCGGAAUUCCGUGCCAAGGUGCUUGGUGCGCCCGACUUCGCCGCCGGUAUCGCUGGAGGUAUGGUCGGUGGUAUCGCACAGGCAUACGCGACCAUGGGCUUCUGUACCUGCAUGAAGACCGUCGAGAUCACCAAGCACAAGAUGGCCGCCCAGGGCGUCAAGCCCCCCAGCACCUUCGCGACUUUCAUGGAUAUCUACCGCAAGGAGGGCAUUCGUGGUAUCAACCGUGGUGUCAACGCCGUUGCCAUUCGCCAGACCACCAACUGGGGAUCCCGCUUCGGUUUCUCUCGCCUGGCUGAAACCGCUAUUCGCAAGGUCACCAACAAGGAUGAGGGUCAGAAGCUCAAUGCGUUUGAGAAGAUCCUGGCUUCCGGUCUCGGUGGUGGUCUCUCUGCCUGGAACCAGCCCAUUGAGGUGAUCCGUGUCGAGAUGCAGAGCAAGACCGAUGACCCCAACCGCCCCAAGAACCUCACCGUGGGCAAGGCCGCCAAGUACAUCUACGACCAGAACGGCAUCAAGGGAUUGUACCGGGGUGUGGCCCCCCGUGUGGGUCUGGGAAUCUGGCAGACCGUCUGCAUGGUGGCACUUGGUGACAUGUAA